AUGGCUUCUGCAUCUAAUUUAUUGAAUAAAGUGAUCAAUCAUCUCACAUUUCAUCAUGCUAUUGAUCGAGUCGCUGCUGAUGCAAUUUAUCAAGAGACAAUGAAUGUCUAUCAUAAUCUAUAUACAUAUAUUGAUCCUCAUCCAAUAAGUACCAUGGAUACUAAAAUUUUAUCUUGUCUUGUUAUUGUAAUAACUGAUUAUUUUGAUUUUGGUGAAUCAUCUCAUUUUCUUUUGUCGGUGGUACUUUAUAUUAUUAUAUACUGUAGAAAUAGUGAGGCCGAGCAUAUAUUUUUGCAAUGGAUAGGAGGAUUAUCACAAGAUGAUGAUGUUGAUGAUGGAAUUAAAGUCUUGAUAUAUAUAUUAAAAGAACUCCAGAAAUGUUUCAUAAAAUAUAACAUAUUAUCCUUUACACCUUAUCGAACUUUAUUUAAAUCUUUAAAUAUAAACAUUGAAUUACUUGAAAAAGAAGCAGCUGAGUCAGGAACAUAUCAACAAUUAAAUGAUAUUAAACAAGUUCGAACAGAAUUUAAUGCCUAUCUUGGUAAAAUUCAAUUACUACUAUAUGAUGAAAAUGAUCAAACUGAUGAUGAUGAUGAUUGA